AUGGGCCUCAGCAGAGCGUCAUUGGGCUUCUUGGGCCUGUUUUUCAUGGCCGGCGCGAUUCUAUUAAUCUUCCUUACACUACUGGCGGGCGCGCGCAACUCCAUUCCGCUCAAUGAGGUGUACUUCCUUCAAGCCGAUACGGGCAAUAUCCCAGGCGCACCCCCUCUCUCGCGCUGGACCUUCUGGAGUCUAUGCGGAGUGACAGAUGGUGGUAAGAAUGACUGUGGCAGUUCGCACCCAGCCUUCCCAUUCGACCCUCCAAGCCACCGCAACUUCAAUACCACGGAUAAUGUGCCUUCGCGAUUUAUUGGCACAAGUCACUACUUCCUGAUGACUCGCUUCAUGUUCCCCUUUAUUAUUAUUGGUCUGUUCUUCGCCGUGGUUUCUCUUUUCACUGGCUUUCUGGCCAUGUGCACACGUAUUGGUAGCUAUAUCUCUGGAUUUGUCGCCUGGCUCGCAUUGACCUUCCAGGUCAUUACUACCUGCCUCAUGACUGCUGUCUUUGUGCAGGCCCGGGAUGGCUUCACGAGCAAUGGCCAAGGCUCCAAGCUCGGUGUCAAGGCUUUCGCUUUCAUGUGGACUGCGAGCGUCUGUCUGUUUCUCUCUUGCCUGAUGUACUGCCUCGGCGGUGCGGUUGGCCGCAAGGACGAUGGCUACAGUGGGCGCAAGGAGCGCCGUCGCGGAUUCUUCAACUCCGCCCGAUCCAACAGUGUGCGAAGCCAGAAGAAGGAAAAGGAAUCCUACGCCACCGGAGCUGCUUAA